AUGUUACAAUCAAAAAUCACAUUUCUUUCAAAAAAUACGUGCAUGCAUUGGCGAUGUUGUCUCUACACGAUAUUUUUACUGCGACAUUUGCCACCACCUAGUGAUGAAAUACGCUAUCGAUGCCCGGCCCUACCACUUCGCACUCGUUCCACUCCUGAGUUCUCACUGGUUCUCGAUUUGGAUGAAACACUAGUGCACUGCAGUUUGACUGAGCUACCAGAUGCCUCGUUGACAUUUCCUGUUCAUUUCCAGGGAACUAAUUAUCAGGUUUAUGUGCGAGUACGACCGCAUCUGCAAGAAUUUUUGGAGAGACUAUCGCGCUCAUUUGAGAUCAUUUUAUUCACAGCCAGUAAACGUGUCUAUGCUGAUAAACUGCUUAAUCUUCUUGAUCCUGGAAAGCGUUUAAUACGCCAUCGACUUUUCCGAGAGCACUGUGUGAUCGUUUACGGCAAUUAUAUCAAGGAUUUAACGAUACUGGGUCGGGAUUUAUCCAAAACAAUAAUAAUAGAUAAUUCACUGCAAUCAUUUGCUUAUCAAAUCGAUAACGGCAUACCUAUUGAGAGCUGGUUUUUCCAACAAGACGAUCGAGAACUAUUGAAAUUGAUACCUUUUCUAGAACAAAUUACUAGUCAAAAGAACGAUGUGCGUCAUAUACUGCGAGCAAGGUAUCGAAUACGCGAUUUUUUGCCUCCUCUUCCAUACUGUGAUAUCGUGUAA